AUGAAUAAUUAAGAUAGUGCAGAUCUAGACAUAUAACAAGAAGGAUUUGAUUUUUAAUAAUUGUUUGAUAAAAAAUGCAGUAAUCAAGAACCUCAAAAAAAUGAGAUCUAACAAUUUCAUUAGCCUGAAAAUCAAUAAAGGUGCUAAGGUGAUACUUUGUAAGCCUUAGUUAAAAAUAUUAAAAUUGAAAAACAGGUUGCAGGAAGAAAUAAGAAAAAUAAAAAGAUAUAAUGGAAUGAAAAAAAUACAAAAAUAUUUAAAGAUCUCUAUUAAUAAUAUUCAGGCAAUCUUGAUUAAAUCCUUUUAUACUUUUAAUAAAACAAUGAAUUAAAUACAAAAAUUGAUAUUAAAUAAAUUAAAGUAUAAUUAUUGAAUUAAUAUUUAUAGAAUAAAUUUAAGAUUGAAAAAAAAAAAAAAAACUUGACCUUAUUAUCAUAGUCCUAACGAAUAUCAAAAAAUCUAAACUACUAAUUAAAGUUAGACUGA